AUGCAGCACAUGUCAGAAUCAAUGUUUGUAGGGAUGUGUGAGCUAGUAGGGACCUCAAAACAGGUGGCCAUCAGGAGGGAGACACAGGACAUAAUUGGGAUGAUACAUACACUAGUGUGUGAUGGGGUCAUAAAGAUGACGAGUGGAAGUUAUAAAGAAGGAUUCAGACUAAAAGGAUCAGAUAAGGACACCAUGUUCUUGCCAAACAACCACCGAGUGAUCAUGGACAUGUCUCAGUCUGAGUAUUACAACACAGCCAAUACAACUUUGAUUCUCUCUGACAUCUCUGACAGUCCACCAGGAUUUACUCUACUUCAGUUAUUGACACCAUCAAGAGUUAGAGAGGUCCAAUCAGCAUGUGUCAUAAUGAAUGACAAAGUCUUUAUAUCUAGUUCAACAUUCAUACAGUUAGCUUGUUCGGUACGAGUUCCUUUUUUCACUGUUCAUGGACCCUGUGGUAGUGGUAGUAUGGAAGGUACCGAGUAUGACCAUGCUGUGUGUUUUGUUUGCGACUUUUGGCCUCCAUCUGCCUCCUCAUGGAUGGACAGAUGUCACUCAUGGCCUGGCCAAGAAGUUGUCAAUGACAUUGUCAGAAGUGGAUGUCACUUUGUAGCAAUAGGACACCCGUCAGGACCCCAUGAGCAUGAAGAAUGGAGAAUCUCUUUUUCUCGGGCAGAAUAUAAACUUGUGUACUCAAUGAAUCACAGUCAAUUUUUGACUUAUGGAUUGUUGAAACUGUUUUUAAAAGAAGUUAUCAAUCAACAAACAAAAGAAACCAAUAGACUGUUGUGUUCCUAUCACAUAAAGACGUCAGUUUUCUGGGCAUUGCAACAAAACACACUACCUCACUUGUGUCCACAAAACUUCCUGGCGGGUUUCUGGGUCUGCUUUAAACUCCUCCUUAAAUGGGUGUAUGAGGGGAUCUGUCCUAACUUUUUCAUUCCACAAAACAACAUGUUUGUGUCGAAAGUCCAUGGCUCAGCACAAAACAGAUUGUUCCUACAGUUACAUGAAUUGUACAAAAAAAGGUCUGGCCUGUCUGUUACAGAGUCCUUCUAUCAGGACCUACAUCAUUGA